UUUUAGACCACCUAUGGGGCUUUAAAUUGGGCCACAAAAAUUCUCCAAGAAUUUUAUCUCUUGUUUCUCUCGUUUCCACCAUGGCUCCCGUUGAAAUUGCUGGUGUCAACGUUCCGCUUUUCACGGGCCCAUUGGUCCUAGGUUAUAUGUGGGGCUAUGGCCUCUAUGGCGCCCUCAUUGUACAGAUGUACCUGUAUUUCACUCUUUUCUCUGGUGACAAGCUGUCUCUCAAAAUUUUUGUCUGGUCACUAUUCACUCUCGAAACGACUUUUGUUUUUAUCUCGACUGUCACGGCGUGGAGAACCUUCGGUUUGGGAUGGGGUGACUCCAAUACAUUCUUUUUUCUUGGUUCGAGUUUUGGAGCUUUACCCGUUCUAAGCGGCAUCAUCUCUUGUCUCACUCAAAACUUCUACUUGUGGAGAAUCUGGACAAUGGGUAUGCGAAAGCUUUUCAUUAUCAUUGGCAUCGCGACUGUUUCUCUCGCGCAAUGCCUCUUCGCUAUCUACUACGGCAUAACGUUGGCGUUGCAUAGAGGCAGUGUGAAUGAAAUGGUCGUAUUGAGCCCGUUCCGGAUCACCUGGUUAAUAGGCUGCGCUCUCUGCGAUAUCCUGAUCACAGCUACCAUGGUGUUGGUGCUCCACAAUCAAAAGAGCCGCGCUUUUUCUUCUGGUUCUUCUACCUCUAUGGCGCUAAAGAGAUCGAUAAAAUAUGCUGUGGAAACGGGUAUUAUCACUACGUUCAUGGCCAUCACCGAAUUCAUUCUCUACGUCGCCGCGAAGCAUCACACUUUUCAUCUAACCUUCUUCCUCAUGCUAAGCCAAGUGUAUGUUGGCUCCCUUGUGGCCACAUUGAACACCCGAGCAACCAAUGGUAGAGGAAAGACUGAUGUCUUCACUACUCCUCCGUCUCGGUUCAGACCUGGUUGGGAUCGAACCGAUUCGAUGAGUCAAAGCGGAGAAUCUAGCGGUAGAAGGACUGGUGAGACCAUUGUCUUGUCGGACUUGAAAUAUCCAGCUCCAAGUCGAAGUCGCGUCUGAAGUGAUGGCCUCGCUGCUGGCUAACUGGAUUAGCCGGCAUUUACCUUCUUUUUGUUAUGCGCUCAAAUCGAUAACAUUGUAAUAAUACCUCUU